AGCCUUGGACACUUGCCUUAGCUUACACCAAGAAAAAGAGGUUAUAUAUUAUAUAUUCUAUAUCAUAGAGAAGUAGCACAUAGAUAGAUAGAUAGAUCAUCACAAAGAAGCAAGUGAUAGGGAGAGGAAAACGACCGAGAUAUCUACACACAUAUAUUUACAUACAUAAUUAUAAUUAUAGCUACAAUAAUUAUAAUUAUAAUAAUUAGUUGUUGUUGUUGUUAUAUUGAGGAGGGAGUGCACUCACAUAAGCUAAAGAAUUGAAGAAGAAAGAAGGGAAAAGAAAACAAGGAGACAUGGGAAGACCACCAUGUUGUGAUAAAGAAGGUGUGAAGAAGGGUCCUUGGACUCCUGAAGAAGAUAUCAUUUUGGUCUCUUAUAUCCAAGAACAUGGUCCUGGCAAUUGGAGGGCUGUUCCUACCAACACAGGGUUAUCAAGAUGUAGCAAGAGUUGUAGACUUAGAUGGACUAAUUACUUGAGGCCUGGAAUCAAAAGGGGUAACUUCACUGAACAAGAAGAAAAGAUGAUUAUCCAUCUUCAAGAUCUCUUAGGAAACAGAUGGGCUGCAAUUGCUUCAUACCUACCACAAAGGACGGAUAAUGAUAUAAAGAAUUAUUGGAACACGCAUCUGAAGAAGAAGCUCAAGAAGUUGCAAGCUUCAAGUUCUGGAGUUUGCAACUUCGACGAAACCGGAACUGGAACCGGAGCGAGUUAUUCCGGUUCGAUUCCGGUUCGAGGCCAGUGGGAGCGAAGGCUCCAAACCGAUAUCCACAUGGCGAAAAGAGCCCUCAGUGAAGCCCUUUCACCGGAGAACAAUAAUAAUAAUAAUAAUUUUUGUUCUUCAUCUUCAACAAAAGCGAUUACACAAUCAUCAUCUUUGUGCUAUGCUUCAAGUGCUGAGAACAUAGCACGUUUGUUGAAGGGUUGGAUGAAGAAUCCAGCAACAAAUAACAAGUGUUCGAGAACAAGCUCUUCAUCUUUGACUACUCAAAACAACACUUUCUUUGUUGUUAAUGGUGGUGACACAGCUUCAAAGGGAUCAGGAGGAGGAAGCAGUAGCAAUGAUAACAGUGUUGAGUUGUCUGAAACCUUUGAUUCCUUGUUUGGUUUGGAGUCUUUGGAUUACUCAUCAAACGCUACUACUACAACCACUACAACUACCACUACCACUUCAGAUCAUGAACAUGACCAGUUUUCUCAUCAAUCUUUGUCUCCUAAUGAUGAGAACAAUGUUUUUCAAGAAAAUGAAAGCAAGCCUGAGAUUAUUGAAGAUGUCAUGCCAUUCUCUUUGCUUGAGAAGUGGCUUCUUGAAGAGGUUGCUUGCCAAGAUCAGAAAGUUAUUACUACCGACGCCAAGUUCUUCUAGAACAAUCAAGAAGAUAUAGAAGAAUGUAUGGUUCAACUUUUUGUGACAUAUAAUUAUUAAUUAAUUAUAUAUAUCAUCAUCAGUUCUAGUGAAAAUUAAAGCUAGGAGAAGAUGUAAUUUCAUCAAAUCAUCAAAAGUUUGAUGCUAGCUACAAGUGUAUAUCUAUCUCACUAGUAACAUUAUAGUAUUUAUCAUAUACUAUAUGUUAUAUAUAUUAUUAAUGUUAGGUGCAUCAUAUCACUGGAAAAGUUUGCUUCUUCUAUAUAUGUGUAAAGUUG